ACUCACACCACCCGCACUGCCGGCCCGGGAGGAAGGGGAGGAAGGGUAGGGACUCGGAGAAGGAAAGCGCUUUCAGGAGACAGACGCCGGGCCAAGGCUCCCGCAAGGGCUGUGGCCGCGGCUGAGGGAGGAAGGCGGGUCAGGGCUCCCCAAGAGCUAGAGCGCACCACCCCCAAGGAGGUCGCGUCUAGGGGGCACCACCCGCAGCUCAGAGCCUGGGACGUCCAGAGCGCGAGGAGUCCCCAUUCCUGCCGGGUCAGUGUGUGUAGCCUGGGACCUUGGCACCGCCAUCCGUGAGAAAGCAGAUGCUUGGAGAGCAGGUAUCCAAGACCUGUAAGAAACCAGCCGUCCAAGAAGCCGCGAUCCCAGGCGCCCAGGACCCUUAGGACUGCACGGAAGGGUAACAGGAUCAAGGGUUCUGAGCCGGCAGAAGGUGCCGCUGGCCCAGCCCGCGGGGGGACGGACCUCCCCCUAGACAGGCGGGUCGGGGAACGGCGCCGCUGCGGCGGGAGCCCCCAGGGGCAGGGGGCCAGGCGCCGCCGUCGGGGGGACCCAGACCCAGGCCGGAGCCCGGCCACUGCCUUCUGGGCCCGCGGAGAGCCCCAGGCCCCGCCGCCAUUGCGCCCAAAAGUGAAGAGGAUUUGCUGGCCCUGGCCGCGUCGCGGCUGAGCCGCCGCAAGCGGGUGGCAGGCGCGGCCGUCGGGGUGGCCAUGGUGCUACUGCUGCUGGUGGCCAUCCCACUGCUGGUGCACAGCUCGCGCGAGCCGGCGCACUAUGAGAUGCUGGGCCGCUGCCGCAUGGUGUGUGAUCCACACGGGGCCCGAGGUCCGGGCCCCGACGGCGCGCCCGCUUCCGUGCCCCCUUUCCCGCCAGGUGCCAAGGGAGAGGUGGGCCGGCGCGGAAAGGCAGGCCUGCGGGGACCUCCGGGACCCCCAGGUCCCAGAGGGCCCCCGGGAGAGCCAGGCCGGCCAGGUCCUCCUGGCCCGCCUGGCCCAGGCCCGGGAGGGGCAGCGCCCCCUGCCGGCUACAUGCCUCGAAUUGCCUUCUACGCGGGCCUGCGGCGGCCUCACGAGGGUUACGAGGUGCUUCGCUUCGACGACGUGGUGACCAACGUGGGCAAUGCUUACGAGGCGGCCAGUGGCAAGUUCACCUGCCCCAUGCCGGGCGUCUACUUCUUCGCUUACCAUGUGCUCAUGCGCGGCGGCGACGGUACCAGCAUGUGGGCAGAUUUGAUGAAGAAUGGACAGGUUCGGGCCAGCGCCAUUGCUCAGGAUGCGGACCAGAAUUACGACUACGCCAGCAACAGCGUCAUUCUACACCUUGAUGUGGGCGACGAGGUUUUCAUCAAGCUCGACGGCGGGAAGGUGCACGGCGGCAACACCAACAAGUACAGCACCUUCUCGGGCUUCAUCAUCUACCCGGACUGAGCUGGGCAUCAUCUCCGCACCUUCGCUCCCCUUUCGCUCCAGUCCUCACUCCUUUCCUGCGGGCCCCGCCCAAGGCGCCACCCCAUCCUUUAGUAACCUGGGGCGGACCCUCCCACUCUGAGGCAGCCAAAGGGCGGACUCUUGGGGCUCGAGGGGGCCGGCGGGAGGAGGAGCGGGGCGCUGAGGGAGGGACCGGCCGCAUCCACCAGCUGUGCGGGAAAGCUUGACCAGAAUGGGUCCAAGAUCGUGAUCCGCUCCUCUGCCUGGAGCUGGGGAGCAGCUUGACCAGCCAGGCCUCAGAGGCCCAGAAACCAGAAGGGAAGCCAUGGUGGCAUAGGAGGCAAAGAACAAAAACUAGGAGCCAGUGUGUAGGCGAGAAGAGACGCUAGGUUGGUAUAGGCACUGGUCCUCGCUUAUGACAAUUUUCUCUCGCCAUCCCUUCCUCCUUCAUCUCCAUUUUCAGGCUCUAGGCUCCAGCGUUGGCAGCCUUCCUGUGAACUGGAGGUACUGGUGAAUUCAUUCCUAGCAUUUAAAUUCAUUCUGUACAGUCGCCAUUCCACUCUCUCGGGCCUAGGCCUCAGGGCUAUAGCUGCUGUUGUCUCUUCCAAUAAAAUGAGGU